UUGGACAAAUAGCACAUUUUUCGCAACCUGGAAUUUGAGGUCACUUCGGAUCUCCUCCUUGGUUGCUUUGCUGCUUCUGCUAUGAAGAAAACUGAAGUGAAAGUGAACAUUAACUGCCACAAAUGUAAGAGUGAUGUGCUGAAAGCAGUUACCAAGCUUCAAGGUGUUGAUCAGGUAACAGCGGAUGCGGCCAAGGGGAUAGUAACUGUUGUUGGUGAAGUUGAUCCAGUGUGUGUAAUUACUCGAGUGAGGAAGACAGGAAAAUUUGCAGAAAUUAUAAGUGUUGGACCUCCCAAAAAACCUGAUCCUCCUAAAACUGUCCCCGCUAAGCCUGACAAGCCAGAUAAUGAUCCACCAAAGCCUCUUCCCCCCUCUUGUCCACAAUGCCAAUAUGUUGUUGUCAGCUAUGUUCCCGAUGAUAGCAGAAUUUGCUCCAUUCUUUAACAACAGAAUUCGACUAAGGCUUCUCUUAGUCUUUGUAAUCUUUAACUCUUACCUCUCAUGACAACUCUAGCUAAGGUGUCAGACACGAGUCCAAGUGCGCGUGCCCUGUUACCAUUUUCAUGUCCACUUUUUACACCAUAAAUGAAGUCCCCCUUCUUUUUCUCGGUUGAUUUCUUUCAAGUAUUCAUGUAAGAUUUUGCAUAUGUAGAUUGUGUAACUUUGACAUCUAUUUGCAAUAAAUAUAGGGAACUACCCCUGAUUAUGAACA